AUGUCGUCCUUGCUGUGCAGCCGCAGGAACAACAAGAAGGACGAUGGCGAGCCACAGAUCAUCAUCAGCACGCCGGCGGCGACGAUGAGGAAGGGCCCGUGGACUGACGAGGAGGACGAGCAGCUGUUACGGUUCGUGCGCCUGUUCGGCGAACGCCGAUGGGAUUUCUUAGCAAAGGUGUCAGGUCUGCGGCGCACCGGUAAGAGCUGCCGCCUCCGGUGGGUGAACUACCUCCACCCGGGCCUCCGCCGCGGCCGCAUCACCGCCGACGAGGAGCGCCGCAUCGUGGAGCUCCACGCGCAGUGGGGCAGCAGGUGGUCGCGUAUCGCCAGGAGCCUCCCCGGCCGCACCGACAACGAGAUCAAGAACUUCUGGAGGACGCGGACCAGGAAGAAGGCGCUUGAGGAGAGGAGGGCCGCUGCGGGUGCGGGUGCGGCCGCGACAGCGACGACGGCGGAGCCAGCGUCGUCGUCGUCCCCUUCGUCGUCCUCGGUGACGACAUCCGAGUGCCGCGGCCCCGGAUCGUCCCCCACCAGAGGCGCCGCCACCACCACGUCGUCCUCAUCGGGCUCGUCGUCGUCGCUGUGCGAAGGGCGCUGCAGCGGUGACGGCGACGGCGACGGCGAGCUCGAGGAGGCGUCCACGCCCACCGCGGCGCCGGCAACCAAGCAUGAGCAACAGCAACAUCAACAGCAGCCGCAGGAGUACUACGGUUCCAGCAUGGACCAGCUGUGGAGCGAGAUCGCAGCAGCCGAUGCGGCGGCGAUGAGUUACCUUGUCGGCGACGCCUGCUGGGGCGGAGCUGAUCAUUAUUACUAUGGCGCUGCCGCUGAGCCGCCGCCGGCGUCGCCGCCGUGGGAGUGGGAGUACUGCGGCUCGGAUUUUUCGCUCUGGAGGAUCGACGACCAAGAGUACUACAAGAAGAUGCUCGACUCCUCCUGA